AUGCCUGAUCUAGAGACUCUCCUCUUGUCUGCGGAACGUCGCCUGCAAUCUUCUUCUUCUCCAGUCAUCUCUUCUGGUGCGACGGCUCUGGUCACUUCCCAUGGUGGUCGCGGUGGCCGCGGUUUUGGCAAUCGCGGUGGGUUUGCUGGUCGUGGUACUGAUCGUCGCAGCUCCUUCUCUCCCUCCCGACCUGGCUUUUCUUCUGGUCACAGUUCCCUUGGCGCUUCCUAUGGUGCCUCUCGUCCUGCCUCACAUCAACAGCAUUUUGGCAGCACUUUUGGGCCUGGUGUUCUUGGCCCACCUCCUUCUAGCUCUAUUGCUUCCUCUUUUGGGCCUCCUUCUGCCCGUGGACCUCUUCAAUGUUUCUAUUGUCAUGGUUUUGGCCACAUCGAAGCUGUCUAUCCCUCCAAGGCGUCUUCUGUGCCUCCUCCUCCUUCUCAUCUUCAAGGCAUGAUUGCUCAAUAUCCUUCACAUGGUGGCAAUCAACAGUGGGUUGCUGAUACCGGUGCGAACACUCAUAUUACUAACGACUUGAGCCACUUAUCCCUUGCUAGAGAGUAUCAUGGUUCUGACAAUGUUGGAGGUGUACUUGGUGGAACAGGUUUGCCUCUCAUCCCUAGCUACUUUGGCUAA